AUGCCGACUGAAUUCCAUCUCUUUCCUGCUCUCCCAACUGAGCUUAGGCUAGACAUUUGGGACCUGGCUAUUGCUAUUCGCCCAAAGCGCGCCGGAGUUCGCGUCUUUCGAGUAUUCGAUGCUUCCCAAGAACCUUCGAUUCAGCUCGAAGACGUCUCGGGCUUCACUCCCAACCGUACCCCUUUGGCUCUGGGUAUACCUUUGCCGGACAAAAGCUUCGCCAGUGUCACUGGGGAGAGCAUCAGUGAUAUUUCGACACAGGUUCACGAUCCGGAGUUGUGGAAUACUUGCCAAGAAUCGAGGUUGAUGAUGAGGAAAGCCUUUGUGUCACGCAAGGGAUACAGCUUUGACUCGAUGGGGUACUAUCUAUCUGGCAGUGCUCCCUUCUACGUCACGAUUACAAAACCAGGACAUAGCCUCUUUAUCUUACGACCGGACAGUCUGGAAUUCGACUUGCGGGAGAUUUAUGGGGCAUUUAGUGAAACUGAUUUAGUUUUGGGCAUUGAGUACAAACCCGAAUGGGGAUCGCAACUUUAUGCUGAGGAACAAGGUGGCGAGAUUUGUCAAGCGGCAAGACUGAUUACAGGUCUAGGCUGGGAUCAAACGGUUUCAGGUGUAUGCCUAGUAGAUUAUAAUCUGAAGCUCAAGGCAGAUUCUCCUUAUAGGCCCAGGCCCGAAGAUCUUGGUUGCUACUACGCACGGGAUAGGAGGCUUGUCGAGGCGGAUCCGGACGACGAAAGGAAAGAGGAACACUGGGAAUACAUCGACCCAAUUCCAGAUGGAGACUAUCGCAAGUCUUCUUUCUAUUUUGCGAAGCGUAUGGUGGAAGCUCUUGACGAAGUGGGAAUGGACGACCAUGAAGCAACUUUCGGGCCUUGGAUAGACCUUCUCGGAUGGGAUGACUUUUAA